UAUUAUCGAAAGACUUUUUUGUCGUCCAAAAAAAUACAGCAAAAUGGCUUUAAAUGGAUUCUAUUAUAGCAGGAUACGUCCGAUCUCUAUCGCAAGGGCAGUUCCCUUAUUACUCUCUCAAAACAAGAGUACAAAAGCAGCUGUGGAGCUCCCUCCCAUGCAUCAAAACAGAAAAAAGUUUGCUAAGUUCGACUACCAAGAUCCCUUAAACCUUGAUUGUAGACUGACAGAUGAAGAGAAGAUAGUCAGGGACCAAUUUAAAAGCUAUUGCCAAGAAAGACUGAUGCCAAAUGUAUUAAUGGCAAACAGACUAGAACAUUUUAACAGAGAUAUCAUGUCAGAAAUGGGAGAAAUUGGAGUACUUGGAGCAGAUAUUGAAGGUUAUGGUUGCGCUGGUGUGUCUUCAGUUGCAUAUGGUCUAAUUGCAAGAGAGGUUGAAAGGGUUGACAGUGGAUAUCGUUCAGCUAUGAGUGUACAGUCAUCACUAGUAAUGCAUCCUAUUUACAGUUACGGAACAGAAGAGCAAAGACAGAAAUUCCUUCCAAGACUUGCUCGUGGGGAAAUAGUUGGAGCUUUUGGUUUGACUGAACCCAACCAUGGCAGUGACCCAGGGAGCAUGGAAACGAAAGCCAAAUAUAACCCUACAGGCAAUACUUACACACUUAACGGCACCAAGACAUGGAUCUCAAAUUCUCCUAUAGCUGAUGUUUUUGUUGUCUGGGCAAAAUGUGAAGAUCAGAAGAUCAGAGGGUUCAUCCUUGAGAAGGGUAUGAAAGGACUUUCUGCUCCAAAAAUUGAAGGCAAAUUUUCAUUACGYGCAUCAGUCACUGGACAAAUUGUGAUGGAAGAGGUGGAAGUUCCUGCUGACAAUUUGUUGCCAAAUGUGGAAGGGUUGAAGGGUCCAUUUGGKUGUCUGAACAGUGCCCGGUAUGGUAUAGGAUGGGGUGUUCUUGGAGCUGCAGAAUUCUGCUAUGAAACAGCAAGACARUAUGUUUUAGACAGAAAACAGUUUGGUCGUCCUCUUGCAUCUAAUCAGCUGAUACAAAAGAAGCUCGCAGACAUGGCAACCGAGAUAUCACUUGGACUGCAUGCSUGUCUUCAAGUUGGCCGGCUCAAAGAUGAAGGAAAGCAUUGUCCAGAAAUGGUGUCUUUAAUCAAGCGCAACAAUUGCGGCAAAGCAAUAGACAUUGCUAGGGCAUCAAGAGACAUGUUAGGAGGUAAUGGGGUGUCAGAUGAGUAUCAYGUUAUUCGUCAUGUCAUGAACCUAGAGUCUGUCAACACUUAUGAAGGCACUCAUGACAUUCAUGCAUUAAUACUUGGACGAGCUAUAACAGGAAUACCUGCAUUCUAGAGGCCUCUGCAGACACUCGUAAGAUGUUGAAUCAACAUAUUAUUUCCCAUCUCACUUCAAGUCUCCUUUUGUCAUUCUUUUAUGUGUUAACGUCAUAUUAACUUCGAUUCCAAGAUAAGGGAUUUCAGCUGGAUGAAGCAUGGACUGUUUGAAAGAGUGGAAAAUGGGAUGCACUUAUCUUCUUUGAUGGAAUAAUGGGUGUGAACUUGGUUCAGGGAAUACACUGCCAAAAUUCAAUCAAAUAACUUUGAUUGUUGGCAGUGUAUUGCUGGAUUUCCUUAUCAUGACUGUUGUCUCAGUCAGCGCCUAGCAACUUAAAUGGUGGUAAGGCAAAGGGAAUGAAAAAUGGAAUGAUUACGUGAUUUCCCACUAAUUCAUUUCUUACCGAGACUGGGAUCAUGCCAAAAGUUAGCCCUUCACACAUUUGAUCAUUUUGAACAUUUGAUAGCUGACUGCUCUGGAUUGACACAUUAUAUUUGAGAACUGACGGUUUGACUUAAUGGAAAGCACCCUUAUAGUUUGUGAAAAAGUACUAAAACGUAGAAUUAAGACUCAAAGCACUUACAGGGUUCCCACUCAUAUCAAAAAUUAAAAUUCCCUGACUUUUCACUGACUUUUCCCUGACCAAAAGUAAUUUUUCCAUGACCAAGUGGCAAACUUCUAUUUAGUACUUUUAAUUAAUAAUUAAUUAAUCCAUGUGAGGUAAAAAACUUUUAAAAUUACAAACA